UAUUAUUAUUAUUAUUAUUACUGAGAAAAUCCUCACAGGAUAUACAUAUGCCAACUACGACUAGUCAAAAUUCAAUUAUAAAUAUCAACAAAGGCAAAAAUUUCAAAUCAUUACACCUCAAUUGUUUACCUAUAGAAUAACUAAAAUAAUUAAUUCAAUAUAUGAAGCCGAUUUGUUAUGAUUUAUUGAACUAACCUUAUAAUCUAUAGACAUAUAAAGGAGUUGGUAUGAAUUGUUGGAAAAUCCGAUGUGUCAUAAGUAAAUUGAUUGUAAAAUAUUCGAAAUAUAUAUGUAUAUAAAUGAAGGUCUAUUUAUCUUCGAAUCAUCAAAGAUAAUCUGUAAAUAUAUACAAAUGCAUCACCUUCUAGUGAUUAGUUUUGUCACCAUUUGUCUACUAUUCCCAAAUAUAUUUGCCAAAAAGCAAAAAGAAACCAUAGAUGUUCCAUUUGUUAUAGACGGAAAAGGUGAUAUGAUUAUUGAAGUUGGUGGAGUGAAAUUUUCGUUGAAUUCUAAACAAGUUUUAAAAUUUAACGAUGGUGAAAGUAAAACUGAAAUAGAUUUUGGAUCACCAACACCAGAAGAAUUGAAAAAUAAGAAAGGUACACGUCGAUUAACUGAAUACUUUGAUGAAUCAGAAGUAUAGGAAUGGUGAAUAUUUAUUAUGACGAUAAUCGUUGUUUUUUUUCUUUUCAUAUCAUUAAACAACUUGAAUGAAGUGUUCUUUUGAUCUUUCUUUCUUAAAUUAAAAUAAACUAUAAUUAAUGGUCAUCAAUUUUAUCAUUGACUUGAUCCAUUUAUUAAUAAAUUGAAAAUCUAAGUCAUA